AUGGCUCAUAAAGGAUAGAAAAGUAAUCCAUUUAUAGUUGAUGCUCGAACUCCAAACAGAAUAAUCAAAGAAAAUGAUGAUAAUACAAAUACUUACCUAGUUUCAUAUGGUAAUAAUUAAGUUUUGGAAGAUAAAGACUACAUUGAAGUAAAUUACCCGGAAUUAGUUGAGGAUUAUAAUUUUUUUAUUACAACAGGAGAAAGAUAUGAUUAAGAAUUUCUUUAAUAGAAGGCUCUGCAAUUUUCAUUAUGUUAAAUACAAGAAAAUCCAAUUAUAGAAUAGCACUUAUUAGAGAGAAACAAUAAAGUUUAGAUCAAGUAAUAGAGAAAAUAGACCAUUCGAUAUAAGUGUUUGAAUAUUCUUGAUAUUUAAAUCAAUUCCUCAUUGAAGGAUAAAAAAUUAGCAAUAAAAAUGAAGGCCAAUGAAGGCAAUAUUACAAAUAUUCCAAGCAUGGAGAAAUUAAUAAAAAUUACACAUGAAUUAUAAACCAUAGGAUAUACCUAAGAUGAAUUGAUAGUAAGUUUUACUCUAAAGAAUCACCAGGAAUGCAUAGAAGACAAGUCUAGAUUAGUGAUUGAAGGGGAAAUUGAUAAGAAUAUUAAGAUGAAUGAUUGA